AUGAAUUCUUAUUUCGCAAACCCGUCGCUCUCCUGCCAUUUAUCCGGUGGUCAAGAUGUUUUGCCUAACGUACCCCUAAACUCCACCACCUAUGACACAGUCAGACAUUUUUCGUCGUACGGUGCAGCUGUGACCCAGAAUCGGAUAUAUUCACCUUUCUACUCUCCUCAAGAUAAUGUCGUUUUUGGGUCUGGCAGGGCACAAUAUGAAUAUGGAUCAAACGUGUUUCUUCAAGACAAGGACGUGCUCCCCAGUUGCAGACAAACAAACAUGGGACUCAAUACACAAAGCCACAUUGCUCAAGAGUACAGUUUGGAUCAAGGAAGAGCAGGAGCUCAGGAUCAGAAAACCAACAUCCCGAUCUACCCGUGGAUGCAGCGAAUGAACUCACACAGCGCAGGAGUGGGCUACGGGACAGACAGGCGCAGGGGACGACAAAUAUAUUCUCGUUACCAAACACUUGAGCUGGAGAAGGAGUUUCAUUUCAACCGCUACCUGACUAGGCGCAGACGCAUCGAAAUCGCAAAUGCGCUUUGUUUAACAGAGAGGCAGAUCAAAAUCUGGUUUCAGAACCGACGCAUGAAAUGGAAGAAGGAGAGCAACCUGACCUCCACGGUGACUGGAAGUGAACAGACAGGAGAAUCUCCGGAGGAAGAACGCAGUGGCGCAAUGGAAGAAGAGAAAGAUGAGGUCAAGAAGAAAGAAUAA